GCUUUUCUGAUCUUCCUUGUUAUCUUUAAUAUCAUCACCUUUCCAAUCACCGCAGUUUUGAACUCAUUGGUGAUGAUCUCUGUUAAGGCAAAAUCUCGACUAAGAGCACACAAGUCCAACGUUUUACUGGCUUUCCUGGCUUUGACAGACGUUACAGUCGGGAUUCUAGUUCAACCUGCGUUCGCCGCUGUGUUAAUCAUGUUGUUACUUGACAAGCCUCGUGGAUAUUGCGUUCUGCAGGUUCUUAGAUAUGCUUUAAUAGUGCUGCUUAAUUCAUCACUUUUCCACCUGGUUUUGUUAAGUUUGGAGCGGUACAUAGCCAUGAAACACACUUUUUCGUACCCUAGUCUCGUGACAGAGGGUCGCUUGCUUGUUGCUAGUCUAUUAUCGUGGUUGUUUUCCGUAUUUCAGACAGUUCUACUUCUCGUUAGCAAAACAGUGUUAUUGCGCAGCGUGAUGAUUUCUACUAGUCUAUCACUUGUUGUGAUCUUUUUCUGCCAUUUCACUGUUUGCCGUGAAAUCCGCCGACACGAGAAGCUAGUUGCACCUCAGCAAACUACGCCAGAGGCAAGGAAACAAUUUGAGAGAAAUAAGAAGGCUGUUAAACUAACCUUCAUAAUUCUUGCCGUGUUAUUAUUGUGCUUUACACCUGUAAACGUUGCCAAGAUUGUUCUGUUAAGCUGUCAUAGUGAUAUAACUCAUAUAACUCAUGAAGCACUAGUUAUGUUUUUCUUUUUUUCUCUUUCGUUAAGUUUCUUCAACUCGUUGCUCAACCCAGUUAUUUACGCACUGAGAAUGAAUCAGUUUAGGUUAGCGUUUAUUGAGUUGGUGUUUAGAACCGACGUAGAAACUGAGAAGCCGCGAUUUUUGCGAGUUCGUAACUCCUUAGUUAGAGUAAACGCUGAAACAAGACAAGAAGGACAACCUUAACAAAAUGUGCGGGGAAUAAACAAAAUGUCUAUGCAACUACAACAAUCAUAAAACUGACGUAAUUCCUAUCCUGGUAUCAUGUACAGUUGUAAACAUUCUGGGGAAAAGAAUUAUACAGGGCUUCUGAUAUUUCGCGCGGUCGCGGACCCGCGAAAUUCAGGUAUUUCCGCGAAAUACCGCGAAAUUCCCAAAAAAACGCGAAAUACCGCGAAAUCCGCCAGAAAUAUUUCCAAAUACAUGUCGGUAAAACAUAUUUAAUACUUAUCUGGGCUAUUAGAUCGGUUUUAUUCACCCCAAACGUCCAAAUUUAGCUUGAAACUUCGUCACUGCAACGAGUAAACAACGUCCCAAAACUACCAGGCGUUUUUAGAUGAACGUUGCGAAAAAGUGGGCACUAACCAUAAUGUUUAGCUUUAGCAUUUGCUCAUUUCUCGAGCGAACUGUUGUUGAAAGAGCAAAUGAUUAUCCCUGUUAAAAAAAACGUUCACCAACGCUGGUCAUAUCGACGCAAAAUUGAUCGAUUUUAGCGAAAUUUGCCCAAACAAAUCCAGGGAAAUCGGCUGUUUUUUACUGAUUGUUUCUUGGCGAACUUUCCCCCCUAAAUUUCCCGGGAAAUCGGCCGAUUUUUCUAAGAAUUUGCCCCUGAAAAUCCUUCGAAAAUUGACUUUUUUCCGCUAAAAUCCCGCGAAAUCGGCCGAUUUUUCUGCGAAUUUUGACUUUUCUCCCGCGAAAUCGGCCGAUUUUUCCGCGAAUUUGCCCCUGAAAAUCCCGCGAAAUUUUGCUUUUUUUUCCGCGAAAUAUCAGAAGCCCUGAUUAUAUAAUAAUCUUCUCUCUUAAAUUAUGGCACAACAAGGCGGUUCGAUCUGUUUCUUUGAUGACGAGCUUCGUUGGCCAGGGCUUAAGAAGGCCAUUAAACUCGGCUAUCUUUAAAACCAGGAACGGAGAAUGGGGGAAUGGGAAUGGGGAAUCUUUAAAAUGAGGAAUCUUUAAAAGCGGAAAUCUUUAAAAUGGGGAAUCUUUAAAACGGGGAAUCUUUAAAGUGGGGAAUCUUUAAAAGUGGGAAUCUUUAAAAUGGGUAAUCUUAAAAAGCGGGAAUCUUUAAAAUGGAGAAUCUUUAAAAGCGGGAAUCUUUAAAACGGGAUUCUUUAAAGGCGGGUCAAUCUUUUAAUAUUUAGAACAAAAGGACACUGUUUGUUAGGUUGGACUAAUGUCAGCUUUAUUAAUCAUUUGAAGCACAUUUAGCACAUUUUAUUGAAUUUGAGAAAACCCAUUUUAUGAGGGUUUUUUUUCAAACCACGAUAACAUGAAGGAAAGUGAAUUACAAAUUUGAAACAACGACGACAUAAAUAUUAUUUCAAAUAUCAUCUAUUUUAAAGAUUCCCGCUUUUAAAGAUUCCCCAUUUUAAAGAUUCCUGCUUUUAAAGAUUCUCCAUUUUGAAGAUUCCCGCUCUUAAAGAUUCCUCGUUGUAAAGAUUCCCGCUUUUGAAGAUUCCCCGUUUUAAAGAUUCCCCAUUUUAAAGAUUCCAUCUUUUAAAGAUUCCCCAUUUUAAAGAUUCCCGCUUUUAAAGAUUCCCCGUUUUUAAAUAUUCCCGCUUUUAAAGAUUCCCCGUUUUAAAGAUUCCCGCUUUUAAAGAUUCUCCAUUUUAAAGAUUCCCGCUUUCAACGAUUCUCCAUUUUAAAGAUUCCCGCUUUUAAAGAUUCCCCAUUUUAAAGGUUCCCGCUUUUAAAGAUUCCCAAUUUUAAAGAUUCCCCGUUCCCCGUUCCCCGUUCCCCGUUCCCCAUUCCCAUUCCCAUUCCCAUUCCCAUUCCCCGAUUCCCCGUUCCUUGUUUUCAAGAUAGCCGUUAAACUCGCUUCCAUAGUACUUACUUUGUUUUUGUUGGUUUUAUUCUCCUGAACGCUACACCAAUCAUUGUAAUAUAUAUAGAUUUAACCAGGGCUAAAAGCGAAGCUAUCACUAAUAAAUAUAUUAUAACCCAAACAAAAUGCAAAAUCGCGUAAUGCUAAGCGGCGACAGUAGCGAAAACGCGGCAAAAAAUGUCAGCAGAUCUAUAAUUAGCAAAAAAACAACUUUGCCCAUUCAGCACACCUUUCUUGUACAUUUCUUUGGCGUUGUUCUUGCACGACUACAACGUGCAACUUCCACAACCUCCCUAGUUACACAUUUUACACUCCUCGCCAGAAAGCCUCCUGCAAACGGACGCAACAUUGUUGGCCAACAACUUCCAGCAUUGUUGGGAGUUGUUGCGUCCGUUUGCACGUUGCUAAAAGUUUGAUGUUGGGAGGUACACAAAAACUAGCGGAUAUUUAGAAUAUGAAAAGAUUAUCCAAGCUUAAUUAUCGGCCGAAAAUUAAACCCUACUAAUACGAAAAUGCAUAUUAAAAGUUCAGUUUACAAAAGGCGGAACAAAGGGUAAAGGAUGGCAGAUGUUUGGUUAAACAAGAACACGGUUUAUCGCCUAAAUCUUUUUUUAAAAAAGAACGAGUACAUUGAGCAGCCGAAAGUCUGAUAUCGUGGGACGAGAAACCACGAAUUUCAGUUUUACCACGAGCCCUGCUGGUUACGAGGCUGACCUUGUAUUUGGCAAAAGACUACAUCACCCUCCCCUCUCUGGCGUAGCUUUUCUGAUCUUCCUCAUUAUCUUUAACAUCAUCACCUUUCCAAUCACCGCAGUUUUGAACGCGCUGGUGAUGGUCACGACUAAGAGCGCUACAGUUUUCCGCCCAAAUCUUUUUCAGACCCAGAACGAGUUCAUUGAGCAGCAGAAAGUCCGAUAUCGUAAGACAAGAAGCCAUGAAUUUUAGUUCUACCACAAGCCCUCCUGGUUGCGAGGCUGACCUUGUAUUCGGCAAAAGACUACAACACCCGUCUUCCUGGGGCGUAGCUUUUCUGAUCUUCCUCAUCAUAUUUAACAUCAUCAGCUUUCCAGUCACCGCAGUUUUGAACGCGCUGGUGAUGAUCUCUGUUAAGGUAAAAUCACGACUAAGAGCACACAAGUCGAACAUUUUUCUGGCGUUUCUGGCUUUGACAGACUUUACUGUCGGGAUUCUAGUUCACGCUGCCUUCGCCGCGAUGUUAAUCAUGUUGUUACUUGACGAGACUCGUGUAUAUUUUGUUUGGCAAGUUCUUAGAUAUGCUAGUAUUUUUGUCCGUUGUUUCCUCGCUCUUCCACUUGUUUUUUUUUUUAAGCGCAGAGCGGCACGUAGCCAUGACUAAUCCUUUCUUUUAUAUUACCCGAGUUGGUCAAUGAGGGUUGCUUGCCCACGUAGUUGCCUAGUGCAUUGGCGUGGUUCCUAUCCCUAUUUCAGAUAGUGCUUCUGUUUCUCGUUAGCAAAACUAUGGUCUUGCGGGGUUCAGCAAUUUUCAUUAGUGUAUCUCUCGCGGUGAUCUUUUUCUGCCAUGUCACUGUUUUCUUUCAAACUCACCGACACGAAAAACAACUUGCAGCUCAGCAAACCACAUUAGAGGCAAAGGAAGAAUUUGAGAAAAAUAAGAAGGCUAUUAAACUAACGUCCAUAAUCUUUGCUGCGUUAUCAUUUAAUUGUGUUUUAUACCUGGAAGCGCUGCUGUCACUGUUGUGUCAAAGUUUUAGUGGUCAUGUAACUCAUGAGACAAUUUUAAUAUUUGCCUUUUUCCUAAUUUGUUAAGUUUUUUAAACUCGUUGCUUAAGCCAGUUAUUUACGCGUUGAGAAUGAAGCAGUUCAGGGUCGACUUUAUUGAGUUAUUGUUCAGAACUGUAAAUACUGCAGAUGCUGAAGAAAUUGAGAUGCGAUUUUUUGGUGUACCUAAGGCUAUGGUCAGAGUUAACAGGGUAAAAGCUGACCAACCUCAGCAAGAUGUGUAUGAAGAAAACGUGUAAGCACGAACAACAAUUGUGUUGAACUAACUGUUAAAAUGAUGCUCCUUUUUCUGAAACUGUAAAAACAGCUGGCGUUAUCAAUUUUGUUGUUUUGAUGGACAUAAUUACUCCUAGCUAGGUCUAUUUAGGUUUGUUGAUAUUUGCUGAGACACAUGUUAUUGUUAUUUGUUUUUUAUUUCAAAAGCCUCGUGGAUAUUGUGUUCUGCAAGUUCUCGGGUGUGCCUUUUAAAGUGUUUGGUUGUUGCUUCGCUCUUUCACUUGGCUUUGUUAAGCAAGAAGCAUUUCAUAUCCAGAGUCAACCUUUUUCAUACCGUUACCCUUUUCGUGGCGAAGAUCGCUUGUUUAUUGCUAAAGAUUUAGCGCGGUUCUUGAUCAUACUCCAGACAGUUCUAUUUUCUCCUGAGCAACAGGCUCCUUGCGCAACAUGUUUGCAUCUAGAAGUACUGCCUCAGUUUUGCGAUGAUCUUUUCCUUUCAUGUCAGAGUUUGCUGUGAAAUUCGCCAUAACGAACAACAACUCAGAACAGGCUAGCAUGCAAUCGACACAAGAGGCAAGGGAAAAAUUUUAUAGCUAUUAAAAGGUUGUCAAACUCACAAGGACAUCCAUAAUCCUAUCUCUGUUAUUAUUGCUUUAAUUUUAUUUUUUAGAACGUUGUUAGAGGUGUUAUACAGAUAUCUUGGUGCUAAAAAAUGUGAAAAACAUAACCCCGAAAAUCUUAGGUAUUUUAAAAGAAAGCUGUGAAUAUAUUACUCGUAGAGCAGUUAUCCUUUCUAGAGCUUGACAAAUUUCUCGGCAAUAGUUUCUCCUUCCAACAGUUAUUUUACAGACGAAAGUGAUUGGGUGCCCAGACAUCUUUGGACUAUGAUGUAACAACCGAGUCAACAUGAUUUUAUGUAUGAUUUUAUGAGGCAGUGACUGAAAAUUGGUUCAAAUUGGAAAGAAAUUUGGUUAAUAUGGGUAUAAUCUGUCCACAUUUUGACGAGGUACUGCGGCAUUAACCUAAAAGUCUAAUAUCAGCUUUUCAACUAGAAUGUGAGGCUUACCAAGCGAUGAACAAAUGUUCGAAUAAGUUUGAUCAAUCGGACGAUCGCUAAAUCGCGACUUUUGUCUGUCCAGUAUAUAAGCGCAUUGAGGAUAGAAAUGCGCUAUAUAAGAAUCUAUAUUAUUAUUAUUAUUAUUAUUUGAAAUAGCGGACUAUUUUUUUGCUGCGGAUUUUUUUGUGUACUACAUGUAGAUAAUUUGCAACAGCAAAAGAAAAAAACGUUUCGUAACUUAUCAACACAAACAAUAAUCAAAUGGAUAAGUUUUUACAAACAAAAUAUCAAAUUGACGAUAUCAUGGUUGCUGUUUUCAUGCUUGCCAUGUUAACGACUAAAAAUUGUCGAGCACGCAGUAUUAGGUGUACUCGGCUCCAUUUCCGUCGAUUUUCGGACAAUUUUUUUUUUGUUUUCCACCUCGGAAAAAGAAAUCCUACAUACACUUACGUAUCUGCAUUGUUUCCUCUUGUAUCUUUCGCUCUUUCUUGUUGCGCCAGGUUUUAGAGUUGCCCCAGCGCCCCUGUCACUUAGUCUUUACUUAUGAUUUCUCACAAAAGCAGUGACGUUAUUUCUUAAGACGUUAAGCGGAUAUUUAGAAAAUGAAAAGAUUAUCCAACUUUAAUUAUCGGCCGAAAAUUCAACCUUACUAAUGCGAAAAUGCAUAUAUAAAAUUCAGUGUACAAAAAGCUUAACAAAGGGCAAAGGAUGACAGAUGUUUGCUAAGACAACAACACAGUUUACCGCCCAAAUCUUUUAAAGCCCAGAAUGAGUUUAUUGAGCAGCAGAAAGUCCGAUAUCGUACGACGAGAAGCCAUGAAUUUCAGUUCUACCCAAGCCCUGCUGGUUGCGAGGCUGAAAUUCUAUUCGGCAAAAGACUACAUCACCCUCCCCUCUGGCGUAGCUUUUCUGAUCUUCCUCAUUAUCUUUAAUAUCAUCACCUUUCCAAUCACCGCAGUUUUGAGCGCGCUGGUGAUGAUCUCUGUUAAGGCCAAAUCACAACUAAGAGCACACAAGUCGAACAUUUUACUGGCGUUCCUGGCUUUGACAGACUUUACAGUCCGGAUUCUAGUUCAACCCACCUUCGUCGCGGUAUUAAUCAUGUUGUUAUUUAAUGAGCCUCGUGGUUAUUGUGUUCUUCAAGUUCUUAGAUAUGUGAUUAUAGUUAUGGUUAAUGCUUCGCUUUUCCACUUGGUUUUGCUAAGCGGGGAGCGGUACAUAGACAUGAAGCAUACUUUUGGGUACCCCUCUCUCGUCACCGAAGGACGCCUUCUUGUUUCUUGUACAUUGGCGGGAUUCUUGUCUGUACUUCAGACCGUUCUUUUACUCUUCAACGAAACUGUUUUUUGGGCACUAAGGUUGCAUCUAAUACUCUGUCUCUUGUUGCGAUCUUUUUCUGCCAUGUCACGGUUUUUUUGGGCACUAAGGUUGCAUCUAAUACUCUGUCGCAUCUAAAACUCGCCGACAUGAACAGUGAGUUGCAACUCAGCAAGCUACACUAAGGGCAAGGAACGAAUUUGAGAGAAAUAAGAAGGCUGUUAAACUCACAGCAAUAAUCCUAGCUGUAUUAAUGUUGUGUUUAGUACCUUCGAAGAUUGCAGUAAUGUUAUUAAGAUUUACGACUGACACAGCUAAAGAGGCAUUUUUUACGGUGUUCCUUUCUUCUCAAGUCUUAAGUUUCUUAAACUCGCUGCUGAAUCCGAUUAUUUAUGUGGUGAGAAUGAAGCAGUUCAGAGUCGCUUUUAUUGAGUUAUUGUUCAGAACUGUACACACUGUAGACGCUGAAGAAAUUGAGAUGCGACUUUUUGGAGUACCCAAUGCUGUUGUUAGAGUUAACAGAGUAAAAGCUGAACAAGAUCAAAAUGAAAAACCUCAACACGAUGUGAAUGAAGAAAACGUCUAA